AUGUCGUCCAUCAGAGACACACCAGCGGGCCAGUUCCUGCGUUCGAUCGGUUUCAAGUCAUGGCUGUACUAUCCGGAGGAAGUCACCGGCUUCGAACUGCCCAACUUGCCAUUCGUCUCGGAAGAAAUCCUGCCUCCCUCAGACGACAAUGCCAGCGAAAAAGACAUCGAAAAGAGUCUUCCCAGUGUCUCAAUCAGACUGGCCACGCCCCCGGAUGAAGUCUCCAGUGCCAUGUCCCAGAAGGCUCUGAAAGAGCCCAUUGUGGUCUCCUUCACCGACGAUGACAGUGGAAACCCACGAAACUGGUCUACAGCAAAGAAGACGUGGACUGUUACCCUCAUCAAUGUCUAUACAUUUGUUGUCUACUGCACAGCGUCGAUUAUCACUCCCACUGCUGGUGUCAUUGUCGAGAAAUUCAAUGUCUCGGUUGUUGUUGCCAGUCUUGGUCUAUCGAUGUACGUUGUCGGAUACGGGACUGGCCCGAUGUUCUUCUCCCCACUCAGUGAAGUCCCGAGCAUCGGGCGAAACCCUCCGUACCUGUACUCCUUCAUGGCAUUCUUCCUUGUCUCCAUCGGCCUAGCAUUCGUCAACAACUUCCCGGGGUUGAUCAUUCUCCGCUUCCUUCAGGGCUGGUUUGGCAGUCCUUGCCUGGCCAGCGGCGCCGCGUCCAUCGAAGACGUCUACGACAUGUACAGUGCCCCAUAUGGCUAUAUCUGGUGGGUGGCCAGCAUGUACUGCGGUCCAGCAUUUGGGCCCCUGUUGGCGGGCUACGCCGUCUCGGACAACUGGCGAUGGCCCCUCUAUGAAGUGGUGAUCAUGGGUGCUGUGGUCCUCGUCUUCCUCCCUUUCCUUCCCGAGACAUCACCCCAAACCAUCCUUCUCAACCGGGCCAAGCGCCUCCGCAAGGCCACUGGCAAUAACGCCUACAAAGCGCCCUGCGAAGUGAAACCUCUGGCCUUUGGCAAGAUGCUUCAUGAAGCACUCAACAAGCCUCUGGAGAUUACCGUCAAAGACCCGGCCAUCCUGUAUGCCUGUGUGUACGGCUCGAUCGUCUACGCCACCUACUAUUCAUUCUUUGAGGCAUUCCCACUCGUCUAUCUCGGCACAUACCGCAUGUCCUUGGGCGGUAUGGGACUUAUCUUCACUUCCCUGACCGUCGGGUGUAUAUGCGGUCUGAUAAUCUAUUUCCUCUAUAUCACAUACUACUUUAUCCCACGCGCCCGAGCACACCACAAGGAGAAAGGGGAACCCGUGGCGCAAGAGCAGUGGCUCCUUCCAGGUCUCUUCGGCGUCUGGGGCCCGCCAAUCGGCCUACUGCUGUUCGCGUGGACAGCCCGCACGAGCAUCCACUGGAUUGUGCCCACGCUGGGCAUCGGUAUCUUCGCAUUCUCGACCUUCUUCAUCUUCCAGGCCCUCAUAUGCUACGUGCCACUAUCCUACCCGCGGUACGUGGCCAGUCUAUUCGCGGCCAACGACUGCGCUCGCUCUCUGCUGGCUGCCUCCUUUGUGCAGUUCUCGCGCCAGAUGUACACCAACCUGGGCAUCGACAAGGGCGUCACCCUCGUGGCGGGCCUGUCCGUCGUCGGCAUUUUCGGCAUGUACGGCCUGUACUUUUACGGCGCUAAUCUCAGAGCGCGAAGCAAGUUCACUGGGUGA